AGUACGAAGUUGCAGUAUAUACCCUACAAACACUACACUACAAAGCACAAAGCAAUCUACGGAGUACAGUACAGUAAUCGUAUUCGAUCAUAUCAGAUCCGAGUCCGCCUAACCUUACCACCUUUAAUUAACGCACGCCCGCCUUAACGCCACGCCACUAACCCCGAAGCGACUCCACCCGUCAUCUCCGCCCGUCUAACAAUUUCCCCGCUCGAACUUUUUUUCCAUCCCGAACGCCUCCCCUCCUCUCCCCUCACCAUCCCUACCGUACCUACAAACACCUUACACUACACACCCUACCAACAAAACCAUACACCCAACCCCAACCCUCAUCUCACUAGAACAACAACAACAACAAUCACCCAAAAUGCAAAACUCCCUCGACGACAUCUUCGGCUCCUCCCCACCGCACGCCCACGACCACCCCCCCUCAACCACCACCACCACCACCACCACCACCACCACUGCACCGCAGAACGAACCCUCCGACCUCCCCUCCCUCCGCCGCCAACACGUCACCGCCGGCUACCGCGACGGCCUCGCCGCCUCGAAAUCCACGCAGGUCCAAUCCGGCUUCGACGCGGGCUUCCCCGUGGGCGCGCAGCUCGGCAUGCGCGUCGGCACGAUCCUGGGCAUCCUCGAGGGCGCGAUCCGCGGGCUGGAGGCGCCGUCGCGGAAGGGUGUGCGCAAGGUUGGUGCUGGUGGAUCUGCUACUACCAAGAAGGGGGCUGGGGCUCCCGGGAGGGAUGAAACGCCCCGCGAGAAGAAACGCGCGGAACUGCUGGGGCUGUAUCGUCGUGCGGUCCGGGAGUUGGAUAUCCGGAAGGUGUUUGAGGGGGUAGGGGGUUCUGCGGAUGAACUUGCGGGUGAUGGGGGCGAGCUUGCCGAGGGGAUUGGGAAACAGCAAGAAAUGCCGGAGACGAGAUUGGCCCGCCAGGCGGAGGCGGUGGUUGCGGCGUGGGAACGCAGGGUGCAGGUGGCGCUGUGGGAGGAGAAUAUGGAGGCGCUGGAGUUGAAGGAGGUGGUGGGUUGA